AUGUUGAAAAUGGACAACGAACAGACGGAUCACCUGUUGGGUAAAUUAACGUCUCCCCUACCGGAACCCCCGACCGAGUCGACAGCAACGGAUAACCCAGAACCGGUGCCCGGGAUAUCCGAAGAAGCUUAUUUGCAGAGGAUACGAGAACUCCAAACAUCAAAAGUGCAUUUUGGCAAGAUUGAUAAUAUGAAUUCUAUAGCGCUGAGUGAUGGAACUAAAAUUCCAGUGCUCGCUGUGGGGACAGCUUUGAUGGACCCGCGGCUCUUAAAACAUGUGAUAGGCGCAGCAAUUGACAUGGGUUACCGUGCUAUAGACACGGCAUAUAUUUACGGCAAUGAGAAGGCGGUCGGCGAAGCUAUUCAAGCUAAGAUCGAUGAUGGCACUGUGACGCGGGAGCAGCUGUUUAUUAUGGGCAAGUUAUGGAGUACAUUCCACAGGACUGACCUGGUGGAGACAGCCUGCAAGAACUCCUUGGAAGCCCUGGGUAUCACAUACUUUGAUCUCUACAUGAUCCAUAACCCAAUGUCUUUUAAGGAAGGCCCAGAUCCAAUUCCGAAAAUCGCAUCAGUAGUCCAGUUCUCCGAAUACGACUAUUUGGACGCCUGGUUUGGCAUGGAAGGCCUGGUCAGCAAAGGUCUGGCGAAGAGUAUUGGAGUCAGCAAUUUCAACUCCGUUCAGCUGUUAAGGAUCUUGGAGAAGGGGAAGAUAGCGCCAGUUAUCAACCAGGUGGAGUGCCACCCAUACUUGACUCAGCAACGCCUCGAUGCAUUUUGUAAAGAAAAGGACAUUAGGCUUAGUUGCUAUGGCGUAUUAGGAUCUAAGGGCACACCAGUGGAGUACAAAAACUCUACCUUCGCCGUGAUCGAUGACCCUUUGGUCAAGGUAAUGGCAUCCGGACUUGGAGUUAGCCCUGCACAACUCCUUAUAAGAUACCAGAUUGACAGCGGCCACAACGUUGUGGUGAAAGCAUCCUGUGCCAACCAUUUGUGGGACAAUCUUCAAGCGCUCACAUUCGAAUUGGAUAAGACACAGAUCGAGGCUCUAAACGCCUUGAAUAAAAAUAAAAGGACCUUCAUUUUUAAAGGAAUGGGCGAGACACACAAGAAUUAUCCUUUCUUGGAGCCGUUUUAACAAUAUUUAUUUUUGACAAAAAAACCGAAUUAUUAAAUCAAUUAAUUUCUAAAAUAGGUAAUGAAAUGAAAAUAAUAAUAUUGAAUUAAAAUGUUAAUUACUGACCAUAGUUCUAUAUAGUGACAUGUAAAAUAAAAACUUGGAUGUUUUAUAGUAAAAAAUGAGAG